UCGUAUUCAGCUUCGUCUCUGAUACGUUAUUGUUAUGAUUUUUGGAAUUAAGGUUAGCUACUAGUUUUAUUAAAUCCGUGAAUUAAUAAUUGAUUGUUAAAACAUUGGUACUUUUUGAAUGUACUCUAAAAAGUGUUUGAGUGUAGAGUGCACUGUUUAAGUACGUUAUUUUGGUGACAUAAAGAAAAUGGGACUAGAAAAGAAAAGUGUUCGGAGGAGUCGUAGUCGGGAAAGGGAUAGAGAACGAGACAGAAGAGAUAGAGAUAGAGAAAGAAGAAGGUCAAGAAGCAGAUCGAAGGAAAGGAGAAAGGAUGACCGUAGAAGGAGAGAAGAUGAUGAUGUAAAAAGAGACAAACCUAGAUCUCGAAGUCGCAGCAGAGAAAGAUAUCGUGCAAAGGACAGGAAAGCGUCUCCACCCCAAGUUCCAGUUAAAAAAGAAGAUGAGCUUACUGUUAAAAAAGAGGAACCUAUAGAAGAAGAACCACAAGUGAUUAAAAAAGAGCCUCUUUCCCUAGAAGAACUAUUGGCUAAAAAACAAGCAGAAGAAGCUGAAAGAAGCAAGCCAAAAUUUCUAACAAAGGAAGAAAGAGCAGCUGAAGCAUUAAGAAAGAGACAAGCAGAAGUUGAAGAAAUACGGAAGAAGCAGGAUGAAGAGAGACGCAAAAGGGAUGAUUUUGCAAAAGAAGCAACCAAGCAGAAUGAUGAUAGGGGACGUGAAGAGUUUAGACGUCCAAGGGAUCGUACUACAGUAGAAGACAAAGAGUUGAAUAAGGAUAAAGAAAAAGAAGGAGAAGCUAUCAAAGAGCGAUACCUCGGACUUGUGAAGAAAAAGAGACGUGUAAGAAGAUUAAAUGACCGUAAGUUUGUUUUUGAUUGGGAUGCCUCGGAAGAUACUUCUGUUGACUACAACCCUCUGUACAAGGAGAGGCACCAGGUACAAUUUUUUGGCCGUGGAAAUGUGGCUGGUAUUGACAUUAACCCCCCCGGACCAUAUGCCAUUAUUCUGGCUCCAACUCGAGAGCUGGCACAACAAAUAGAAGAGGAAACAAACAAAUUUGGUGGUCCUCUUGGCAUCCGAACAGUAGUGGUGGUAGGAGGUCUGUCCAGGGAGGAGCAAGGGUUCCGACUACGACUUGGUUGUGAGAUUGUAAUAGCAACUCCGGGUCGUCUGAUUGAUGUGUUAGAGAACCGUUAUUUGGUACUCAACCAGUGUACAUAUAUAGUACUUGAUGAAGCUGAUCGCAUGAUAGACAUGGGUUUUGAACCUGAUGUUCAAAAGAUCCUAGAUUUUAUGCCUGUAACAAACUUAAAACCAGAUAAUGAAGAUGCUGAAGAUGAAGCAAAACUUCUUGCAAAUUAUAAUUCAAAGAAGAAGUACAGACAGACUGUAAUGUUCACGGCAACUAUGCCUCCGGCCGUGGAGAGACUGGCCAGAACCUAUCUGCGUAGGCCAGCUGUGGUCUACAUCGGCUCUAUUGGUAAGCCUACAGAGCGCACUGAACAGAUAGUCUACAUGGUAUCCGAGCAGGACAAGAGACGCAAACUGAUGGAGCUUCUCAGCCGAGGAGUAGAGCCACCUGUCAUCAUCUUCGUCAACCAAAAGAAAGGAGCAGAUGUUUUGGCCAGAGGUCUUGAGAAACUUGGGUACAAUGCUUGCACUCUGCAUGGUGGUAAAGGACAGGAGCAGAGAGAGUAUGCUCUCGCCAGUCUCAAGUCUGGAAGUAAAGACAUUCUGGUCGCCACAGACGUCGCUGGUCGAGGUAUCGAUAUUAAAGAUGUCUCAAUGGUCAUCAACUACGAUAUGGCUAAAACAAUUGAAGACUACACUCAUCGUAUUGGUAGAACUGGUCGUGCUGGCAAGACAGGUGUUGCAGUGUCCUUUGUCACCAAGGAAGAUUCACCGUUAUUCUAUGAUCUCAAGCAGACCAUUCUCUCCAGUCCCAUCUCAACUUGUCCCCCUGAACUGCUGAACCAUCCAGAUGCUCAGCACAAGCCAGGAACAGUUCUUGUUGCUAAGAAGAGAAGAGAGGAAAAAAUAUUUGCCUAAACUACUCAUUAUUGUAAAUAAAGAAUAUUGUUGUAAGAAUACACUUGUAAACUAUC